GGAGGAGCUUUGUAGGGCGGGAGGCUGACCUCCCGGCGGGGGUGGGAAGGAGAUUGCCGGGGCCCAGUGCCGGGCCUGGGCCGGGAGACGGACAAACCGCUCCCGGUGUCUCUUUGAGGCCUGACGUGGACCCACUUCGGGCUUCCCGACCCAAGGUCCCUCCAGGGGAUGGGCCGGCUGGUGGAGGAGAGUAAGGGAGACGAAGGGACUUCCGUUUCCUUCUCCUAGGCAGGGGCCUGGCCGAAGAGCGGAGUUGGCAUUUCCAGCUUGGGGCUCUGGCCGCCCCUGCUCCGAGACCCUCCCCUCGGGACCCAGCCGUUCACCGCUGCUAGUUGGGACCGGCUCUCCUGGCGCGAAAAGGUGGACAAGUCCUAUUUUCAAGAGAAGAUGACUUUUAACAGUUUUGAAGGAUCUAAAACUUGUGUACCUGCAGACAUCAAUAAAGAUGAAGAAUUUGUAGAAGAGUUUAAUAGAUUAAAAACUUUUGCUAAUUUUCCAAGUAGUAGUCCUGUUUCAGCGUCAACACUGGCACGAGCAGGUUUUCUUUAUACUGGUGAAGGAGACACUGUGCGAUGCUUUAGUUGUCAUGCAGCAGUAGAUAGAUGGCAAUAUGGAGACUCAGCAGUUGGAAGACACAGGAAAGUAUCCCCAAAUUGCAGAUUUAUCAACGGCUUUUAUUUUGAAAAUAGUGCUGCACAAUCUACAAAUCCUGGUGUCCAGAAUGGUCAAUACAAAGGUGAAAACUACCUGGGAAACAGAAAUCAUUUUGCUUUAGACAGACCAUCUGAGACUCACGCAGACUAUCUUUUGAGAACUGGACAGGUUGUAGAUAUAUCAGACACCAUAUACCCAAGGAACCCUGCCAUGUGUAGUGAAGAAGCUAGAUUAAAGUCAUUUCAGAACUGGCCAGACUAUGCCCACCUAACCCCCAGAGAGUUAGCUAGUGCUGGGCUCUACUACACAGGUAUUGAUGAUCAAGUGCAAUGCUUUUGUUGUGGUGGAAAACUGAAAAAUUGGGAACCUUGUGAUCGUGCCUGGUCGGAACAUAGGCGACACUUUCCUAAUUGCUUCUUUGUUUUGGGCCGGAACGUUAAUAUUCGAAGUGAAUCUGAUGUUGUGAGUUCUGAUAGGAAUUUUCCAAAUUCAACAAAUCCUCCAAGAAAUCCAGCCAUGGCAGAUUAUGAAGCACGGAUCAUUUCUUUUGGGACGUGGAUAUACUCAGUUAACAAGGAGCAGCUUGCAAGAGCUGGAUUUUAUGCUUUAGGUGAAGGUGAUAAAGUAAAGUGCUUUCACUGUGGAGGAGGGCUAACUGAUUGGAAGCCCAAUGAAGACCCUUGGGAACAACAUGCUAAGUGGUAUCCAGGGUGUAAAUAUCUAUUAGAAGAGAAAGGACAAGAAUAUAUAAACAAUAUUCAUUUAACUCAUUCACUUGAGGAAUCUCUGGCAAGAACUGCUGAAAACACACCAUCACAAACUAAAAGAAUUGAUGAUACCAUCUUCCAAAGUCCUAUGGUACAAGAAGCUAUACGAAUGGGAUUCAGUUUCAGGGAGAUUAAGAAAAUAAUGGAGGAAAAAGUUCAGAUGUGUGGGAGCAACUAUAAAUCACUUGAGGUUCUGGUUGCAGAUCUAGUGAAUGCUCAGAAAAGCAGUACACAAGACGAAUCAAGUCAGACUUCAUUACAGAAAGAAGUUAGUACUGAAGAGCAGCUAAGGCGCCUGCAAGAGGAGAAGCUUUGCAAAAUCUGCAUGGAUAGAAAUAUUGCUGUAGUUUUUAUUCCUUGUGGACAUCUGGUCACUUGUAAACAAUGUGCUGAAGCAGUUGACAAAUGCCCCAUGUGCUACACAGUGAUUACUUUCAAGCAAAAAAUUUUUAUGUCUUAAUCUAACUCCACAGUAGGCAUGUUAUGUUCCUCUUAUUACCAUGAUUGAAUGUGUGGUAUGAGCUGACUUUAAUCCGCACUGAAUUCCAUUAACAUUUGCUACCAAUUAGGGGAAAAAAGUAAUGGGUUAGUUGGCAAUCUUAAAUUUGAAUUUCUGGAUUUUUCAGGUUAUUAACUGUAUUAUUUUUCCAGUUGUUUUACUGUUAUUUAGUUGAAACCUUAGACUAAGAAGCAUCACAUUUUAACUGAUCACAGUGUGUAUUGGUAGUACACUGACUUAGUUUCUAAGUGUAAGUGAAUUAAUUGUCUGAGUUUUUCAUUCUUUUCAGAUAGACUUAGCAAAGGGAGCAUUCUGUAGAAACUUGGAGAUUAGAGCUAAUCUCCCCAAUCGCAUAAUUUGUUUUGUGUGAAAAAGGAAUGAACCAUUCAUCUGAUGGAAAGAUAGAGAUUAUUUUUAGAUGCUUAUCUUUGUGUUUUAGGAUUCUGUUCCUUUUAAAAUUAUGAACACACACUUGCAUGAAUAAUUUCAAAAAGUGAUUUUGCCAUUUUUCAAAGGGUAUUCAGUGAUACAAUGCCAUCUAGCCAAGAUGUACUGACAUGGAAAGAGGUCAAAGAUAUUUUAAGUGUAAAAUGCAAGUAGCAAAACACUGUGUAUAUUAUAAGCCAAGUCAAGAUAUGUGUGUUUUGUAUAUGUGUAGAACAAAACACCUGGAAAGAUAAGCACCAAACUUAAAUGUGAGUUCUCUUGAGGGGGGUGGGAGGAUGGGUCCCACAGAGGGUAUACAGGGGCCUUUCACUUUCUGUUUUUUUCCUUUUUUUCUGUUUGAAUUUUUAUAAGUAUGUAUUACUUUUGUAAUCAGAAUUUGUAGAAAAUAUUUUACUGAUUUAAAGGCUUAGGCAUGUUCAAACGCCUGCAAAACUACUUAUUGCUCAGCUUUAGUUUUUCUAAUCCAAGAAGGCAGGGCAGUUAACCUUUUUGGUGCCAAUGUGAAAUUUAAAUGUUUUUAUGUUUUUCCUGCUUUGUGGAUGAAAAAUAUUUCUGAGUGGUAGUUUUCUGACAGGUAGACCAUGUCUUAUCUUGUUUCAAAAUAAAUAUUUCUGAUUUUGUAAAAUGAAAUAUAAAAUAUGUCUCAGAUCUUCCAAUUAAUUAGUAAGGAUUCAUCCUUAAUCCUUGCUAGUUUAAGCCUGCCUAAGUCACUUUACUAAAAGAUCUUUGUUAACCCAGUAUUUUAAACAUCUGUCAGCUUAUGUAGGUAAAAGUAGAAGCAUGUUUGUAUACUGCUUGUAGUUAUAGUGACAGCUGUCCAUAUUGAGAUUCUCAUAUCAUCUUGUAUCUUAAAGUUUCAUGUGAGUUUUUACUGUUAGGAUAAUUAAGAUGUACAUAAGACAAAAGGUUAAGUCCUUCUUGUACCUAUAUUUUUUGUUGUUGUUUUGACUAGUAAUAGUAAUAGAUACUUCUGAAGUUAAUGUUCUCUCAAGAUCCUUUAAAGUCUCUUAGAAAUUAUAAAAUACUGACAAGAAAAGAAUAGCUGUUUUUUUUUAAAAAAAACACUUGAAUACAACUCAGUGUGAUUAAGAAAUAGAAGUUUAAAAAUGCUUCAUAGAACACCCAAGGUUUACAUUACAAGAUUUCUUGCAUCAGACCUAUUACAGAGGUCAAUGAGGCAUUUACUGCAACUUUUUAAAAAUGAUCUUUUUCAUUGUAUUUUCUAAGAGAAGCAUAUUGUUAUGCUUUCCUAACCUCUGUUGAUUACUACAGUAAGUGAUAUUCAUUUAAAACCCUGCAGAUUUCAAUGACAGUUUAAAAAAAUGAAGUGACGAUGACUGCCCUGUUUUUGUUUCAUUUCUGUAAAUCAGCAGUUCUUCACCUUUGCACUAGCUUCCACUUAGGUUUACUGAGAUAGUCACUAAGUUGAAUUUGACCUCUGUAGUGUAAGCCUUAAAUUUUAGUUUCAAUUUAAAGCAUUUUAUAAGGGGGAAAAGGUGUUCAAGUAUUUAAAGUAUGUUUUCCAGGACACUUCAGCUGUAAGUCAGGUAGAUAGUUCAAGUUAGCUGUUAGGCAAGGACUCAAGGACUUGAUUGUUUUAACAUAAGGCUUUUCCUGUUCUUGGAGCCUCAGUUCAUUAAAACUCUUUUUUUAAAGCUUGUGUGCUUUAGAGUUAAGCAACUCUUUUUUUUUUUUUUCCCUCUCCAUGAGUUGCGAAAUUUAAUGCAUGAAGCUGAUGUGGCUAACAAGUUUAUUUUAAGAAUUGUUUAGAAAUGCUGUUGCUUCAGGUUCUUAAAAUCGCUCAGCACUCCAACUUCUAAUCAGAUUUUUGGAAACCUACCAGUGUGUUUCUGUGUUCGUACUGCAAAAAGCACCAUAUUCUUUCCAGCUAAUUUUGUAAAAUUUGAUUACUUGCAAGGUCAAAACUGUAACCCCUCUUCUGUCACCCCCACCACUCCCCAUAGUUAUCAGUAUUUCCAUGUAGACAUUACCCUGCUGUAUAAAAUUCACUCUAGAGUUUCAAAGACAUCAUUCAUAUUAUCCUAUUUUGGUCAUGUGAAGAUUCAUGUUAUUUUGUAAUGAACAAUUGUCUUUAUAAUAUUUAGUUGGCUGAUGAAAAAUCUUGUCUUAAUUUUUGAGAAAUGAGUGUAGCAUUUAUAAAACAAACUGGCUUAUCAAUUAAUGGCUCUGUAUUCCCCUUUCCUGCUAGAUUUGAUUCCCCCCCCGCUUUGGUUAGGGACUGAGGUGGGAUAGUGUGGGUAUAGUGAAUGUAUGUAAUGUGAUUUGAUACUGUUAAUACUCUUUUGUUAUGUAAAUUUUUUCUGUUGUUAUUUUAGUGGAUAAAAUUUGUAUUUUGAACUUUCUGGAGAUUACCACUCCAUCAUUUGGUGCAUUUAUUGUACCUGUUAGACACAAAUCAUUAUUUUAUUUCCUGAUUAUGCAGGUGUUGAAUGGGAAGAGCACCCGAGGGAGUGAGAAAUGGCAUAGGCUGUAUAUCAUUGCCAUUAAAGAAAUAAUAAAAUUGUAAAGAAUAUUUGACAGACAUAAUUCUUUUUAGCCAAAUCUACUUUUGAAAAAUAGCCAUUUCUUCAUUUGUGAAAUAAGAAUAACAUCUUACGAGGCUAUAAGAGUUUAAGGAAACCAGGUGUGCUACAAAUAUUCAUUCCCAUCAUAACACUGUUUCACCCCUCCAUGUGUUUGCCUUUACCUGGAAAUGUGAGUUAAAACUUAGAAGAAGUUCUUACAUAACUGUUUCGAUAAUGCUCAUAUUUUUUUGGUGUUUUUCAUAGUCAAGAUAUAAAUUACAGUCAAUAAAUAGGUCAGAUCCUUUCAAAUAUUUAAAUUCUUUUAAAAGUAUUUGAAAAACUUAUUAUCAAAUUUAGUUGAGCUUUCCUAAGAUAAACAGGUGACUUAUUCCCACCUUAAUAAUCAGUUUCAAUUUGACUCUUGUACACUUAACACAGCAUGGAUUUCUUUCUCAGCAUCAUAGAACCAUAGCAUGUCAGAGAGAGAAAUGACCUGGGAGAGUACCUAAUUCAUCCCCUCCAUUUCAUAGGUGAGGCAGCUAAGGCUCAAAGGUGCGGUGGUUUGUCCAAGCUUAUAGGUAGCUAAUUAGUGGCAGAGCCCUGACUGGGACAUAGUUUGAAGGUGAAACAUGUCACCAACCUGCUUCUCCUGGGAGGUGUCAAAGUUAAUUUUUUUCAACUAUUCUUUCCAUUAUGCCCUAGCUUUCAUUGCAUAUUAGGUGACACUUUAUAAUUGAUACAGCAGGACAAUCUUAAAUAUCUAUUUCUUCAAAUUGGUCAAUACUACACUAGUAUUUGGGUGGUAAUAUUCUGUUUUGAAGUCUAAAGCUUGCAGGUAUGAAAUACAGAUUUUUGGGAUUUACUACAUUCUUAUGUAUCAUAUAACAUUUAAAGUACUAUAUAAGUAUAUUUUACAGUUUUGUCUAAGUAACAAAUUUGCAUUUUUGAUUUGAUGUAAUAAAAGCUUUAAUGUAAUUUCUGUUAGAUUUUGCAUUUUUUCUUAGUUAAACUUUAACCUGACAGAGUGAAUGAUUCUUAUGUUAUUGUAUUAGUAUUGUGAAUAAUUGUGAAAUGUUUUGAGACAGAGUACUAUAUUUGUGAAUAUAAUGUUAUGACUGUUUAUUAUUUAGUAGAAAUCUUUCCAUCAGUAUGGAAAACUAAGAAAAUUGUUUUCUGCUGUAUAAUCUGGCAUUCAUUGUAGAUUAAAGCUUAUUUUUCUGUGAAUAAAACUUAUUCAAUAAAGUACUAUUCUUUAAAAUGA